AAUAAAUUAAAAUAUGUUUCAUAACAUUCAGCACUUUUUUUUUGUCCUGGGAAAGAAAGGGUUAACAGAUUAUACCCCAGAGCUCGACAAAAUAAAACAAAUAAUGAAGCACAAAUGACUGCUCGGCACUAUUCGGGACACUAUCACACACGACAAAACGUAGGAACUAAGUAUUCCACUCAACACAACAAUCAACAGACAAAAACAGUUGAUAGUUUAAAUGAUUCUGUAUUCCUAUCUAGAAGUUGGUUUUCGAUUCGUGCAACAAAUUAUAAUUAUUCAAAUCAAAACUAUGGUUUUGAAAUAGUCAGCUCAUAUGGUGGAGAACAAAGAGUAGGUAUCAGAAAAAAUCCAUUCCUACAUUUAUGGACAACAAAGAUUGCACCUUUUCGACUCAGAUACAUAUAUCUAUAGGUAGCUCUAGUGCUUAUCUGAAUGCAAACGUGAUCUUUAGCAGACACGUUUCAAGCACGUAACGAACUAGCGCUUCAUUAUUCGAUUGAAUUUCGCUGAGCUUUUAUUUUGAAACUGCUGUGUUUUUCCCAUACGUCCCGAAAUGUUUCGUUACAACCUUCUCGAUCACAACGAGGUAAAACGCUUCGAGACUCCAUACAACGAGAAUUUCAUGGAAGUACACUUGGAAGACACCUCAGUAAACCCUUCAGGAAAUCAAUGUUGGCAACCGGUUCACUGCAUCAUGCCUUCCAAAUAUCGUCUGCAUGCUGACCGUAUCCGAAAUCUACCGGUUUAUGAAGACGACGUUUGGAUAGUAACUUUCCCCAAAGCAGGCACUACGUGGACUCAAGAAAUGGUUUGGCUAAUCGACCACGACCUGGACUAUAAUACGGCUUCAUCCGUCAAUCUUACUGAAAGAUCCGUAUUCUUGGAAGUGGGUGCAUUUGUUUCGAAUAUUGACGUACCAGAUACCAUCACUCAGGUUGAGCAGCUGAAGCGUCCUCGCCACAUCAAAAGCCACCUUCCGCUAGCUCUGCUUCCAAAGCAACUGUGGACUGUUAAACCGAAAAUUAUCUACACCGCGAGGAAUCCGAAAGAUGUUACCACAUCGUUCAUGCAUCAUUAUAAAUAUUUGCAUGGUUACGAAGGUUCUCAGAAAGACUUCCUGGACGGAAUUCUCGCCGAUAAAAUAAUCUACUGUCCUCAGAUCAAACAUGCUACCGAGUUUUGGGACGUUUGCCAUCGAGAACACGUGCUAUUUUUACAUUAUGAAGACAUGAAGAGAAACCUGGCAAAAGUUAUUCAAGACGUGUGCAACUUUUUCGGAAAAACUUUCACUUCAAGCCAACUGGCCGAACUGAAACAACACUUGAUGUUCGAUACAAUGAAAGAAAACAAAUCUGCAAACAAUCAAAUUCUGGUGACGCAGUUCCAGGCGGCACUGGGUGUCCCUAAUGAUUUCAAGUUUAUGCGAAAGGGGCAAGUUGGUGGCUACAAGGAUGAACUUCCAGUAGCAUUUGUCAACAAAUUGAAUGAUUUUGUUCGAAACGAACUGCACGGAAAGGAAUUCAAGUAUAGAGAAUAAAAAAUCAAAUUCGAAUGAUGAACAAAUUGCACAAAUAUAAACUAUCGUAAACAAUCAACAA